GAAGCCUAAACAUAUUAAAAGCCUAAUCUGACAUCUGCAAGUCACUUCAUAGGUAUACAUAUAUUAGGCAUAUACAUUAUUUUAAAUGCUAUAUGCCUAACAUUUGAUACAACUACAUGGAGAAACGGCAAGGUAAUUUUGCCCCCCAUUAAAUAUCUGGGGCAGUUGUGCCUCAAGCCCUGGUUAUGUCUGCUCCUGAUGGACAGUGUUUUUCUGCUGGUGCAGUAAUGGUCUUCUGAGCGGUAUGGUCUGGGGGGACAGGGACCACUAAUCGGACUGCAGCAAUCAGAGCAGCCGCAGACGGUCCAGCAGAGGAAACGGCGUCAUGGGAACGGACCGGGAUUCCGCGGGGACCGUUAUCAGAUCGCACUCUCUGUGCACUCAGACAGGAAACGCCACAUGAGCGCAAAUAUCUGUGUGAUCAGUACUCACGUUUGUAAACUUAAUUUUAAACGAACGAACGCAAAACAACAAGUCCAAGUCUCACCUGCUAAUAUGUCAAAUCAAUGGCACUUUUGACGAAGUGUAUAAUUUAAAAAGAAUGAACGAAUUUUGUCACAGAUGUCCGAGCUGCGUGGGUCCAGUCACCGAAGUGAGAUCGGUCUGGUCGGGCCACACACAGACAUCUCGCGCCGCGGGCUGUUUGCUCGUGUUUCUCGGUCCCUCGUAUGCCACUUAAUGUUCUUUUGAACACACAUCCCCUUUUUAGUCACGGAAACACAAUUUAUGGCUAUUAUGCCGCAUUAUAGAUUACAUCUACAGAAGCCAAGAGUUGUUGCCGAGAGAUAUGUGAUUCAAAGGGCCUCAACUCAGCUCAACACAACACAAACAACCUAAAAGAAUUCAGACUAAAGACACGAGAAACAUGUUUGUUAAUGUUUCAGUCGUCAUUCAAUCAUAAGAGGAUCAGACUAUAAAAAGAAACGGGACAAAACAAAACAAAACAUCCAAUCCCGAGUAGGACUGGACCACCCAGAAUCAAAGAGUGAAUGAGUGACUGGAGUUUGUUGAUCACGCCCCGGGUUCAGACGUUUACAGUAGUUCCAGUCAUGUACGCCCAUUAUAUGAGCAUCUGAGCAGCAGCCGGUCACUUCCCCUACACACACCCACAAACACUUCUCAUGAGAGCUGCUUCAUUUGUCUUGGCCAGCUAGAGCCAUUUUUAUUACUAGAACCAUAAAGACUUGCCACCCGGGACGUCUGAUGAUGUUUGACAGCUCUCAAUAUCCUUAUAACUGUUUUAACUAUGAUGGAGAAGGAUACCCCUCGUGCAGCACUGAUGAAGAGAAGAAAGUGUGUCGACCAGCUUACAGUUACAUUGCACUAAUAGCGAUGGCUAUACAGCAGAGCCCAGAGAACAAAGUUACCCUAUCAGGAAUCUACGAGUUCAUCAUGAAGAGAUUUCCUUAUUACAGAUCCAACCAGAGGGCUUGGCAAAACUCAAUUCGUCAUAACCUCUCUCUAAACAGCUGCUUUAUUAAGGUGCCCCGUACGGAAGGUAACGAGAAAGGAAAAGGUAAUUACUGGACAUUCGCCACAGGCUGCGAGUCCAUGCUGGACCUCUUUGAGAAUGGCAACUUUCGUCGCCGCCGCCGCAGACGCAACUUAAAAAUGGGCCUGAAGGAGCCAGUCGAACCCUUUGUUGCCAUGGACAUUCAUCAGGGCAUUGCAGUAAGACCCAGGGAUUCAGAUUCUUUCUGCCCCGUGAACACUAGUCACAGACCAGCACAAAACAAUGCACCUCUGAGCAAACCUGAGCCUGAGAUCAAAUUCAGCAUUGACUACAUUCUCUCCACACCGGACCCUCUGCCAGUGUUCAGAGCCCCUAACAGUGGAGCUGGAGCUGUGAUCCAUCAUCUGGAGCCCCAACAUCUCAAUCUACACUUCUGGACCAUGUAACCAAAACCACAGGACGCAGAUCAGUAAAUACUCUGAUUUUAAAACAGUCAAAAAACUAAUGCAACAUGCAAUUUGUUGUGUGCUAGUGUUCCCGUCAGUAAGUUUGCUGUCGCUCAUGUUAGCAGAGUUAAAUAAAAAACAAUACACCAAGUAACUUAUAGGCUAAGUAUUAUAUUAUUUAAUGACAAUAAUAAUAGGAGUUCCAGGAUAUAUAUUAUAGUAUAAUGUUCACUUUGAAAAAGUCCCAUUUGUACAUCAUCAUGAAUUUUUGAGGGCAUAGACACUUGAUUCUGAUGAAAUCAAUCAAUCAGACUUUAAAUGUCAAACACAGGUAACACUUUAAAAUACAUCUCCAUUUGUUAACAUGCAAUAAUGAAAAAUACUUCUAAAGCAUUUUAAUGUAAAGUUUAACAUUUACAAAGGCAUUAUUUCAAGCAAAUGUGUAUCUGUUCAAAUUUAAUGGACCUGAGGUCACAUGGACAAUUGUAUUAACGUUAACAUCGAUUAAUAAAUGCUACAACAAAUCUAUUGCUUACUGUUAGUAGUUUUAGUGGAUGCAUUAACUAAUGUUAACUAAUCAUGAUGGUAACUUAUUGUAAAGUGUGACCCAAACAUAACUCACAUUUACUUUAUGUAAAAACUGCAAAUUUCCCGCUCAUCUGAGGUGUGUUGGUGUUGCAGACACAGGCUUGCAGUUAGUGAAGUGUUUGCAAACAAAUGCACUAACAUGGGGUUGGUGUAAUCAGCAUUUCCUGCUUACUGCACAACUGCUGAACGCAGCUCUAUUGUUUACAUAUGUUGUUUAUAAUGUGUAUCAUUGGCCCUUGACAGUCUGUGAUCCGUAUCAAUCACUGAUAGACUGAGCAUACGCUCCCCUGGGCUAAACCAGAGCUCUCCAUCUCUAAAGCCUUCCCGGGGGUGUUUUGUACUUUUGUUGUUUCGUUCAGGAAUCUCUGUUUAUUUGAAAGCAUCUUUAAACUCUGGACAGUUUUUUGACUGGGAGAACUAACUGUUAAGCUGAAUCAAUUGCAAUGUAUCAUAGCCCUUGUAGUUUUGAUUUGGUCAUUGGUUUUUAGUCAGAAUCAAAAAAGUGUAGUGACCAAAUAGUACGUAUGAAACAAUAAUCAUAAUAUCUGUUAAAUUUGUAGGUUUAUAAGAAGUAAUCCUGGGAUCUAUGAAAUAUUGUUUGACUGCCAAUAUAAGGCAAUA